UUACUUAUACACAUCACUAAACUCGUAACCGUCGAUUUUAUUCAAACGUUUCGUGGCUUUGUUUCGGCACAAAAAUGUGAAAAUCUGCAAAAAUUUAUACACGAAUUAUUAUAAUGGCGGAAAAGUUAAAGGACUAUCAAGUUUUAGACGUUUUCUGCGGAGGUACGUUCUAUAAAGUGAGACACAAGGUCAGUAACAACAUAUUUGCGUGGAAGGCGUACAAUUGCUCCGCGUUCAGUAACGAACAAAUACAGAACAUCGUCAAUGAAGUUAAAACGAUAAGUAAAGUGACCACUAAGAGCUUCUUGCGAUAUUACGAUACCAUACUUCACACCCCGUCGAAAACGUUGUACUUCGUCCUUGAAAAUAAUUCGUGGCGCAGCGUGCAAGAAUUAAUAGAGAAUUGCAAGGCCACUGACAAGUUUAUCGCAGAAAGUUUUAUUUGGCACCUGUUACACGAGCUGGCUCGAGUCUGCAAAGCUGCCGAGGAUUUGAAUGUUGUUAUAAUACAAAAAUGUGUAACUCCAGGCUCAAUUUUUGUCGAUGAAGGUGGUGAGUUCCGCGUUAACUGUUUCGAUUUAGCGCAGGAUUCUGGCGAGGCGCCCCUGAUGCGGCAGAUCGGGGACGUAGUGAGAGCACUCUGCAGCUCAACCAAACUGAGUGACGCUGACGCCAAGAUCAAGCAGUUUCAAUAUAGUGAUGACCUGAGAGACAUAGUCAGCUUCUUAACAGACGACAGGAACACUAACUUGCGCCCAGAUGUCGUUCUGUACCAUCCUACUAUUCUCAUGAACCUGGAAUCAAAAGUAAAACCCAAAUGUUUGGAUGACAUACUUAUCUCGGUUGAGCCUACAAACACAACAUCAGAGGCUAACAAAUGUGAUUCAGAGAAGGCUGAAGAGUUAUGCAAAGUUAUUGAGCCUCUUCCUAGGACACUGUUUAACAUCAUUGACAGUCCCAUUUACUGUAACAUCAGCCCUAAACGGAAGCCUAUGAUUACUGAGUCAAGCUCGCCACUAAGUCCACUGUCCCCUACCUUAGCUGCUCUAGCCUUAGAGUUGCCUGGCUUUGUUCCUCGUAGCAGGAAGCCUUAUACGGAACCAGCAAGCAAGUACAACUGUCCCCAACAAGUGUCGGAGGAGACUCUGAGUCAGCAGUGGAUGUCACGCCUUGUGGCGCUGCGCCACCGUGAAGAGUCGCUCAACAAGAGAGAGAGGGACCUCAUAGCUAAGGAAAUAGUGAACAGUCCAUGUGCUGAAAUAAUACCACGGAACAGAGCUCUAGAUGAUUUAUGUGACAUUGAAAGCAAUGGAAUUACUCUACCACCAAUCAUAACUCAAGUCAAAGAUGAAAAGAGGGAAUGGAUAUCGCGUCGGCGGCGCCCGCGAACUGCGUCGGUGCGCUCCCGGGGCCGCCGGCAGAGCUUCGGGUACGAAGACCUCGACAGCUCCCUGUCGGCGGACGCGGGUGACGGCAGCAUCAUAGUAACGGCCACUAAGUUCACCAAGGACAAUAUGCCGCGACGCACCAUCUUCCCUGAGGUGUCCACCAAGAAGGUUCACUUCACAUCUAGCAACCCCUUUACCGAGAGUGAUGACAGUGUUACAUUAACAUUCUAUGACCUGGAGAGUGUGAGCACUAACGAGCUGAAGGGACAGAGGCAGGAGGUGCUUGCUAAGGACAUCAACAAGUUUAAGUAUUUUGAUUUUAAAAAGUCAACUUCAGAAAAGAGGAAUUCUAUGAACUGGAGCCACUCAUCACCUUCCAAACAGGCUAAGACAAGUAAAAAUAUAUUUGGUGACAUCACAAACACCAACCACAGUGGCAUAAGGAAGACUCCCUCCAAGACCAGUCUCACAUCCAGAGGCUCCAACAGCUCCCGCCACUCCAUGUUCUCCUGUAAGAGCCACUGGAGCAUGGAGUCGAGCAGCACUAAAGUGAGUGAGGGAAGCAUCUCUGAGAGGACACGCUCUGCCAUGAAGCAGUGCUUCCCCCAGACCCCAGUGCCACAACCUGAUGUUAAGAAGUCCAAGAGUCGUAAGUCAUUAUUAAACUUCAAAACACCUUUUAAAUUUAUGUCAUCUACUAAAAUCUAGAGUCAAGGUAAGUGUUUAAUAAUAAUUAAGAUUGUGAUUGUAAAUUUGAUCUCUGAUAAAAUUUAUUUGAAAGAAAUUAUUAUGACUCUUGGUUAAUAUUAGUUUAGUGAUGCCUGUCAAGCAUACAGAUGUAUUAUUGGUUGUGGUUUACUAAUAGGCAAUAUAUAAUGAAUAAGUUUAGAGAUAAGGCUUCCAGCUGUGUACUAGACUCACAGAACAUUUACUUGUACAUUAUGAGAUACGGACAACAACCCACCCUAACUUUAGAAUAAUAAAAUUAUAAAGAACAAUGAUUUAUAUAAAAAUAUAUUUCCAAUUUUUAUUAAAUGUAUAGUUCUAGUUUAUAAUAUAAGUAACAAUUAAUUAUACUUUCUCUUGUUAUUUCAUAGAUAUUUAUAUGAAUUUCAACAUUAACAUGUGUAUUUGUAUAGUAUGAUAAGACUUUCUAUGUGCAUAGAAUAAAUACUUAACAUUAUAUCUGACAAAAAUGAAAUUAUGUAAUUACAAAUAAAUAGCAUAACAAUUUUGAAUUGAUCAUUAGUCUUCUUGUCUUCCACUUGUAGCACUAAUUAAAAAUUUAUUUUAUAUAAGUGUCCACAUAUUAUUACAAUUACAACAGGUAACAUAGCUAUUAUGUAAGGAAGUAGUUCAUAGUGAAGUGUGAUUGUUUAACUGUGGCCAUAAGUGACUCACUGUCAGAUAUUAACUAUAUUACAAUCAUCAAUGAUUGACGCAAUAUGUAUUUAUAGGCUAGUAACAAGUAGGGUAAUCACUAUUAGUAACAAUUUAAAUAAAUAUAAAAGCUCA